GCACCUGCUUAGCUUAACCCACACGGCCUGUCCUUUCCACCAAGCCUCUAGUCUGUACACGUUGCUCCGCUCCGCUCCACUUCGCUCUCACCACCGGCUAACGGGAGAUAUCUUGUUCCGCUGGUUAACGCGGGAACAUAACCAUUACUUUACAGAGGAAGCAGAAGAACUGAAUUUCUGUCUUUCCAUGGAAAGGGAACUAUACAUGACUCUGGUUUGUGAUUGUUUUUUGUGAUAUUCAGAAAAGAAAAAGAAGGAAAAGGCUGUUUCAGAUCUAAUGAGCGUCUCCCGGUCCCAUCGAUGGCGUGGCAAGCCCUGUCCUUGCUCCAGCCAGGGUAGGAGGGUGGCGCGUCCUCUGCCGUCUGUCUCCCCCCACCAUGCUGAAUAAUGAGCCCUCCGCACCAUGAGUCCUGUGGGCCGGGUUUCUCUGCAGCCCACCUGGAACGCAGCCCUGUUUGCCUUGCUAGCCCUCACCAUGGCGCCAGCUUUCUGUGUGUGUCAGCCUGCCGGCCUGGGCCCGCCCCCAAAUCCCCAGAACUGCCCGGCCGUGUGCUCCUGCACCAAUCAGCUUGGUAAGGUGGUGUGCACGCGCCGUGGCCUGGUCAGGGUGCCCCCCGGAAUCCCCACCAACACCAGGUAUCUCAACCUGAUGGAGAACAGCAUCGAGACCAUCCAGGCAGACACCUUCAGACACCUACACCACCUGGAGGUGCUGCAGCUGGGCAGGAACGCCAUAAGGCAGAUCGAGGUGGGGGCCUUCAACGGCCUGACCAGCCUCAACACCCUGGAGCUGUUUGACAACAGACUGACUGGGAUCCCCAGCGGGGCGUUCGAGUACCUGUCGAAGUUGAGGGAGCUGUGGCUGAGGAACAACCCAAUCGAGAGCAUCCCCUCCUACGCCUUCAACCGAGUGCCCUCGUUGAUGAGGCUGGACCUGGGGGAGCUCAGGAGGCUGGAGUACAUCUCUGACGGGGCCUUCGAGGGCCUCCAGAACCUGAAGUACCUGAACCUGGGGAUGUGUAACCUCCGGGAGAUGCCUGUCCUGUCUCCCCUGACAGGCCUGGAGGAACUGGAGAUGUCUGAGAACACCUUCCCUGAAAUGAAGCCAGGCUCGUUCCGCGGACUGCGCUCACUACAGAAACUCUGGAUUAUGAACUCCGGGAUCACCGUGAUAGAGAGGAAUGCCUUCGAUGACAUCACAGCACUAGUGGAGCUGAACCUAGCCCAUAAUAACCUGUCGUCUCUCCCACAUGACCUAUUUGCCCCACUGCAGUACCUGGUUGAGCUCCAUCUCCACCACAACCCAUGGAGGUGUGACUGCGACGUGGUUUGGCUAUCCUGGUGGCUCAGGGAGUACAUUCCCACCAAUUCCACCUGCUGUGGCCGCUGCCACUCCCCUGCCCACAUGAGAGGACGGUACCUGGUGGAGGUGGACCAGAACACAUUCCAGUGUUCUGCUCCCUUUAUCCUGGAUGCUCCUAGGGACCUCAACAUCUCUGCAGAAAGGGUCGCUGAGCUCAAGUGUCGUACUGCCGCCAUGUCCUCUGUAAGAUGGCUGCUCCCUAAUGGGACUGUUCUGACCCACGGCUCAGCUCACCCUCGGAUCUUCGUCCUCAACGAUGGAACGCUCAACUUCUCCAAUGUUCUGCCGUCGGACACAGGCGUUUAUACCUGCAUGGUGACUAACAUGGCGGGGAACUCCAAUGCCUCUGCUUACCUGAAUGUCAGCAGUGCCGAGCUUAACACAUCCAACCUGUCCUAUUUCACUACAGUGACUGUAGAGGUUCUGGAACCGACAGUGGAGGAGACUCCCAAACCCAAACCCACUGUCCCAGUCUCACCCUCUGUGUUCCAGCCUGUCUUCAUCUCCACACCCACUGUGCUGCUCCAGAACACCCAGACCCCUCGCCAGGUGUCUCUCCCCACAGCCCGAAGCACUAUCCGCCCCCCCACCAGCCUGGAUGAGGUCAUGAAGACAACCAAGAUCAUAAUCGGCUGCUUCGUUGCUGUGACACUCCUGGCCGCCGCCAUGUUGAUAGCCUUCUACAAAUUACGCAAACGACACCAGCAGCGGAGCACGGUCGCGGCUGCGCGGACCAUCGAGAUCAUCCAGAUGGACGAGGAGGUUCCCCAGGUUCCGCCGGCCAGGUCAAGUUCUAGUGGCUCGGAGGAGACAGGGUUGGUUUUGCCAACCUUACUGGAGCACAACAGCACCAUGUUCAAACCUGGAUACAUCUCGUCCUCUUUGUCAUCGUCCCACAGAGACAGAGACAGGGCCACCUAUGGGGCCCACUGGACCCAUAACAACCUUGGAAACUCCCUGCACCGUUCCUCCAGCCGCCAGCAUCAUCAGCAGCACCACAGCCUCAUCAGCACCAUCGCAGAACCCUAUGUCAUUAAGACCACUCACACCAAGGAAAAGGUCCAGGAGACCCAGAUCUAAGGGACUCACGCUGGCCUAUCUGUGGAUGUAACCGUGGAUCUGUUGGGAUUUCUAUAUGGCUCUGACUCUACCCCUCCUAUUCUCUUCUCUCUGCUCACCUGUCCAUGCAAUAGAAUGCACAAAGAAGACGGUAACUUUCUUUUGUACAGAGCGCAAAAUUGAGACAGUUUUUCUCUCUCUUGUACAUGCUUAUACAUAAAUAUAGAAAUAUAAAAAAAAUAUAAAUCUAUAUAAAUGAAUCAUCUAUGGUUGUGGGAGAUUAUAUUAAAAAAGGAAGUACAAUUUAAACUAUUUUCUAAUUACUUGUAUUUAAAAGUGAGAGAUGUUGAGAUGCUGUGAAGGUAUAUGAUGACUGAUUGAGGUAGGAGCUGUCUUGAGGAAGACUGUUCUGUUUGUUAUUUAGAUCAUGCAAUUUAGAAUGCAGAAAACCCCCUUUAUACCCACAUCAGUUUAUAGAACAACAAACCCUAACAUAAGAUCAGUCUUCACAGGUUAAGCAUGUAAAUGCACUAAUUUGUAUGGUGCCAAAUGUUAAACAUGCAAUAAAGGACUCUGGAAGAUUAGGAAAAAAAGCAGCUACAACCAAGCAAAAUCUAGAGAGAAAGACCGUCAUCUGUCAAAGGAGAGCUGUUGAGAGAGGAGUGUAGAUUUUGUUGUUCAGUAGCUAUCAGCCAAAUGCUUUUAGACUGCAGUGAAUUUCUGCAGCUAAGGUUUAACCCUUUGUUUACAGGAGAUAAGCUACAUGUCUUUCUAAAAGACAGACAUUCUUUAUGUUACUGAAUCUAAACCACUUUAGUACCAUUUUAUUUGAUUUAUUCCAGGUCCCCAUAGAUUAAGAUGAAAUGCAGGCGAUUAAAAACAGAGAUUUGGUGGGAUUACUUCAUGAAGACUUAGGUUGCAUAAUGUUUUAUUUUAUUUCCUUGGGUUGUGACAUGCUUCUUAAUGGCAUGUGUAGUGUUUAGGGCUAAUAUAGUGAUGCAUUACAGCAUUUCUUAGCCUGCUCUCUGUAAGGGCUCAUUCUAAUGGUAAUCCCUCACAGAUACAGGCAUGUGGUGCAGAGGGACUGGGGUUUGCUGACCAAUCUGCUUUGGGAAAAGAAAAAUGAGUGGGGGUGAAAUUAAAUGAAUGUCUGGAUGUCGGACUUGUUUCUCCAUGGAGGUAAUUUAAACAGUGAAAUUGUUAUCAUUUUCCUUAUUUUGGGUAUUAUAUUAGCAAAACUAUUUUUAUGGGAAGGUCUACAAAAAAUAAAACCUUUUGGUUUGUAUUUCUCUACUCAGAGACA